AUGCAAAUACGGUCCCCUGAGUCACUGAACAUGCUCUUUCCUAAUGGUGGCCGGUACCCUGAUUCUCCACAGCGUGAGUACCUACUCCGUAGGGACAGUUUGAUCCCACCCACCGUGAUUGGUGCCAGACGGGACGGUCACGGUCCGAGCUUCUCUGACCGUCCCCACGUAAGGAAUACCAGCACUCACUCGACUCGGGUGACACGCCCGUCGCGCCGCCAUAUCAGCGUGCAUUACAGACCACAAACACCUAGUCGAUGGAUAUGGUAUCGACCACGAAAACUAUGGCUUUGGAUCAUCACGAUGAUCAUCGACAAGGACAUCGCCACCGACCCAAGACUCCGACUCCGACGUGAUCUUCCUAUGCUCAAGGCCAGCUCGAGCAGCACCAACGUCCCCGGCGACACGCGAACGACAACAAGCAAGCCCCGCAAUAAUCGCCCAGAGGGAAGAAAGCGAAACGAAAACCGUCGCAAAGAGGACCUGUCAAAACCGCUCUGCGUUUAG